AUGUUACCUCGCUCUGAUGAUGUCCAUCAUGUGACGGACGAAAGCUUUGCACCUUUUCACUGGAAUCGAGUGAGAUUGCCUCGGGAGCAGAGUCAGCAUGAAUGUUUCACUAAAGCCAAUCGACAACUGGUGAAGAGGAAUCUGCCGUCGUCUUCUGGUGGAGUCGACCUUCGAAUCUCUUCACCAAACACUUUCACUCGAAAUGGAAGUAAGCUCAACAAUAAAGGAAUCUGCAGCAUCAAGUUAGGUUGCCAUGACAAUUAA